AGAGAACAAAACAGAAACUCUUGGAAGCAAGAAAGGUGCAUGACUCAAAGAGGGAAAUUCCUGUGCCAUAAAAGGAUUGCGGGUGUACAAAAUGCUGUAUAUAUACCAAUUGUCAAUUUCCUUUCAUGUUCAGCAUUUCUACUCCUUCCAAGAAGAGUAGCAAAGCUGAAGUAGCAGCAGCAGCAGCAGCAGUGGCAGCAACCACAGCAGCAGCAAAAAACAAACAUGAGUGUGAAGGGCAUGGCUAUAGCCUUAGCUAUGAUAUUGUGUGCUACGGUUGUUCAAGGUUUCCCUAUGUUCAAAAGAGGACGCUGUCUUUGCAUAGGCCCUGGAGUAAAAGCAGUGAAAGUGGCAGAUAUUGAGAAAGCCUCCAUAAUUUACCCAAGUAACAACUGUGACAAAAUAGAAGUGAUUAUUACCCUGAAAGAAAAUAAAGGACAACGAUGCCUAAAUCCCAAAUCGAAGCAAGCAAGACUUAUAAUCAAAAAAGUUGAAAGAAAGAAUUUUUAAAAAUAUCAAAACAUAUGAAGUCCUGGAAAAGAGGAUUUGAAAAACUUAGAACAAGUUAAACUGUGACUACUGAAAUGACAAGAAUUCUGCAGUAGGAAACUGAGACUUUUCUAUAGGUUUGUGACUUUCAACUUUUGUACAGUUAUGUGAAGGAUGAAAGGUGGGUGAAAGGACCAAAAAUAGAAACACAGUCUUCCUGAAUGAAUGACAAUCAGAAUUCCGCUGCCCAACGUAGUCCAACAAUUAAAUGGAUUUCUAGGAAAAGCUACCUUAAGAAAGGCUCCUUACCACUGGAGUUUACAAAGUGCUUUCACACUGUUACUUGUUGUAUUAUACAUUCAUGCAUUUCUAGGCUAGAGAACCUUCUAGAUUUGAUGCUUAUAACUAUUCUGUUGUAACUAUGAGAACAUUUCUGUCUCUAGAAGUCAUCUCUCUGUAUUGAUCUUUAUGCUACGUUACUAUCUGUGGUUACAGUGGAAACAUUGACAUUACUGGAGUCAAGCCCUUAUGAGUCAAAAGCAUCUAUGUGUAGUAAAACAUUCCUCAAAUGUUUUUUCAUGCAAAUACACAUUUCUUUCUCCAAAUAUCAUGUAGCACAUCAGUAUAUAGGGAAACAUUCUUAUGCAUCAUUUGGUUUGUUUUAUAACCAAUUCAUGAAAUGUAAUUCAUAAAAUGUACUAUGAAAAAAUUAUACGCUGUGGGAUACUGGUAAAAGUGCACAUAUUUCAUAACCAAAUUAGUAGCACUGGUCUUCAUUUGAUGUUUUUCAACUGUUUUUCAUUGAGAUGUUUUAAAGCAAUUAGGAUAUGUGUGUUUACUGUACUUUGUGUUUUUAUCCAUUUGUAUAAAUGAUAGCAAUAUCUUGGACACAUUUGAAAUAUAAAACGUUUUUGUCUACCAAAGAAAAAUGUUGAAAAAUAAGCAAAUGUAUAUCUGGCAAUCACCUUCAGUUUUCGUAAUUCUGUCUCUUAGAAAAAUACGUAAUCUAAUAAAUUUCUUUGUUGAUGCCUAUAUACUAUAAAAUUUGGGUAUACUCAAGACUAGUUUAAAGAAUCAAAGUCAUUUUUUUCUCUAAUAAACUACCACAACCUUUCUUUUUU